AUGCAGCCCACAAUGAACAUGUUCCCCCGCCGUAUCGCCAAUGCAAAGGCUAGUGAACGUGAGCUUAUCAUCUCCCGUGCUCCCGCCCGUAACUAUACCCUCCGUCUCAUCGACCCCGAGUGUCACUCCUCCCCUUCCUCCCGUGACCACCCCUUCCUCCUCCGCACCGCCUACCACUCCUGUAACCAAUCCCGUGUCUACACCAGCCACAACGUCGAGUGCUCCCACUACGACAAGCGUCGCGCCGACGUCCACGAGCACCUCAGUACCCUCGACGUCGUCUACCACGCCUUUGACCACAUCGUCUUCGUCCAGCAGCACCAGCACCAGCACCAGCACCAGCAGUACCACGAGCAUCAGCAUCCCGCCGACGACCUCCGCGACAACAGCACUGCCCACUACCUCGAUCUCAUUGGUGCUCUCGACGGACCCUGGUGGAGUGGUUGUAACGCAGACGUUGACACAGACGCAGUCGCGGACUAUCGCGCCUGCUGCGACGAGCUCGGCAGCCGCCCGAACGCCUACUGGGUGAGUCGAGUUCUUGUCCGCGUUGCUUUUCGUUCGUCGUCCGCAUGGCUACGGCGCACUAUCCGGUUCCUUGUCCGGUGUGCUUUCGCUGUCCCCGCCACGGGGCUGCCAGCUAUGCCUAUUGUCACGCACGGCUAUCAUCCCUCGAAACGCAUUCACACGUUUUUCCAGAACAAGGCUGCUGUCGGUGCGACCUUCGCCAUCGUUGGCCUGAUCGCCGUGGGGCUCAUCUUCGCGGUCAUCACGACAACUCUGCGCCGGAAGCGGGCUCGCGCUUUCGACCGGGAAAUCGCUGAAGAAGCCAAGCGCGCGCCUCCGCCUGUCUUCUUGGAUGACGAGGAUUACGGCGCCGGAUACUCCUAUGCCGACCCGGUUUACGGCGGUGCCGCCAAGUCCGUGUCGGAGGGUGCAUACCCGCAGUCGUCCGAAGGGGCACACAGUAAUCCGAAUGGGCAUACGCCGUCGAAUUACAUGUAUCCCUCCGGAUACUCUGACCUUGGGUUCUCCGAGGUCAGCAGCCACGGCACGUUUGCGCAACCGGCCAUGGAGGCACAGUAUGGAAACAACAACGCCGGUGGUGGUGCGGGCGGGUUUGCUGGAUACGGCGCGGCGGGUGCUUAUGAGAUGUCGGGUUACGGCCAGCAUCAGCAGCAGCAGCCCCAGCAAGAUUGGCAGCAGCCCCAACAAGAUUGGCAGCAGCCCCAGCAAGGCGGAUAUGUCUAUCCCGGUGAAGAGCCACAAGCAGGCACGUACCCCCAGGCAAACACCUACCCACCAGCAGCCCCGUCUGCCAGCGGUAGUGGCAGUGGCAGUGGCAGUGGUGCUGAUCUGGGACGAAGCAAGAGCGGGGGACGAAGUCUGGUCGAUGCCUACGCCAGCACUCCGGGCGCAGUGCCACAUGAGCCAGCGCAAACGCAGCCCCAGAUGCCGGUGUAUGCGAACGGGUAUGCGUCACAGUACCAGACCCCGCACCUCGAGGAUAGCGCCGAUGCGUAUGGUGGCGUGGAGAGCCAGCAUGGACACGUCGGUGGAUUGGAGGAUGAGGAGGAGGACUAUGAGCCUGCGCCCAGAGUGUUGAAGAUCGCCAACGAGUAGACGCUGUUGACCGAUCUCUCCGGGCAAGACGUGCACACCUGCGUCAGUUGUUGUUCAUUCCGUGCUUCUCCCUGCGACCCAAUCACUGUGCUAUCACCCUCGUCUCUGUACCAUCCGCUUCGCCGCUCGAUGUAUGUACGAAGACGAACGCUAUUUAUACUCUACGUUAUCACUUUCUUCUCUCCUCCCCCCCUCGUCGUGUCCGUGCAUGUGUGUGUAUCGGCAGAGCGUUUCAUAGACCUCGUCCAUGCCCCAUGCGUCCCACUCCCGACUUUUUUACUUACCGCUUUUCUACCUACUUCUACUCAGUUACUUCUUUGUGUUCGAGAUCAUGUUCUUGAAUAUACAGUAUCGUUUCCUCUCACUGGGCAGUUGAUUCGAGCAAGAUGUCAGCUCGUGGAAACACGAAAUGACAUGGCUCUG